AUGGCGAGGCCGUGGGAAGAGGGGAAUCUGCGGGAGGGACAAGAACGGCCUAGGCCCCUGGGUCGGCGUGAGGCGGGCGCGGCGGUACCUGGUGGUCUCCUGAGGGGGGCCGCAGCCACCGCUCCGCUAGCUGCUGAAGCCGCUCGUCACGCUCACGGUCCGGCUGCAGCUGCAGCGGCUGGAGGGCGAAGUGAAGGAGACACCGUUCCGCCCGCCGCAACCCUGUCCUCUCCCAGCCAGGACCCCGCCGCUGCCCCCGGGGCUGUCCGCCGCGCCUGUGCCCGCAGCGCAGCCCGCUGCCAACUCCAACCUGCUCCGGAGCGGCCACGUGGACCGACAGCGCCACGGUCCUGCAGGUGGGCUGCCUCGGUCCGUCGAUGGGGAUCGGGAAGGCAGAAGCUGCUGGGCCUUGAAUCAGGCAGCUAUCCGGGCAGCCUCAGAGGCGAGGGGGCGGGGAACGGCGAAGGCAGCGCGCUGCCGCCCGCCCGGGAGGGGGAUGGGGCGGAGGCCCCGCGCGAACGCGUCACGGACGGGGCGGGGCGUCGGCGCGUGGCCGGGGCGAUAGGGCGCGGCUGCGCACCACCGGGGUCACCUCUGAAAGCGAUGUCUGCUCAAAUGCUCUCAAGGUUCUACCCUCCUCCGAAACCAGAAAAGGAUGGCUAGAUGGGCUUCCACAGUUCAAAACCCAGGUUGAAGCUGCAGCCUGGAAGAUUUCCCUCCCAUGAGCAAGCCCAGCCAGCUGUCUUGCCUGGUCAUGACUGGGCUUACUUAUGUUGCAAAGGAAAAGAAAGAAGAUAUGCAGCAGAGGAAAGGAAUGGAACAUUAUCCCUCCCUACCUUACACAGGGGAGUGGUCAUCUACACUAAAGCAAAACUUCCUUAUCAUAGGAAGACCAUUUUCCUUGACCUUCAGGCGAUUUUAUAGUCAUCUCGAAAGGAAAAUGAAACUCAACUCAGGUUGAUCGAAUACAGAGAAUCCACUAGGAUGCAGUAUUCCUGCCCACUUCUCUGGGAAGAAAGAAGCAAAUGAUGUAGGUCUUUUGGCGCUGUUUGCUUAAUUAUAAAGAAAUUAUUUUGCAAGCUGGAUACUGAUGCUUUAUUUGAAACAGGUGUUUAGAUGGUGGCAUUUGUGAAUUCUUUAUCUUUUGUUCCAAACCAAAAGACUAAAUAAAUAGCAAGUAUGGGUGGAAAAAAAAGCCUUCGCCGGGCGCGGUGGCUCAUGCCUGUAAUCCUAGCA